AUGCCAGAAGCAGCGUUUGCGGAUGUCAAGAAAAAGUACGACGAUGUUAUCAAUGCGGGAAAAACCUUGUGUCCGAUCCAUUCGAUGAUCAUUGACCCCGACGAUCCUAUUUACCCCGGCAAGCUCAGCGAGGAGGAUUUGGAUGAAAUCCGCGAUCACAAGGCUGUCGCAUUUGAUGAGCCAUUGCCAAGCAAACUACAUGACUACCUAUAUCAUUAUAAAGGAGCGACGACCUUGAGCGACUUAAAUCAAAAGAUCAUGAGUCGCAUGUUUCAUCCUACUGACGAGCCAGAUUUGUUUCGGGCUUGGGAAACGUUUCUGCAAGUGGCCAACAUUUAUAACUACAAGGCUCUCAAUGAUGAUUUCAUCGAGGACGACAUUGAAUACCGCGUGUGGUUCUUCGUCUCCAAAUGCUUUGCGUCGACCAAGGUUCGAGCCAGCUCUCUUACCAAUUAUCUCAUCAUGUUUUAUAAUAAUAAUGAUCAUGAAAUUGCGUUUUCUGAAGUUGGUUUGUGUGAUGACGGCGAGAAUGGAACGAAGGAGUUGUACGAGCGAGGUUUGAAAGCGUCAAAGAUGCUCAAGGAUUUCUUUGUGUCAUUAACCAACACGUUCCCCAACUCCAUCCGCACAUCAAGAACUGCCGCCUUCAUCAUCUCUGCCAUACAAAAUAUUUAA